AUGUCUGCUGAAAUUAAUAAAAUGCAUAUUCUUGAUAAAAAAUGCAAGCAUGUAGCAAUAUCAAGUUUGACAAAACAAGAAAUUUGUCAAAAGCUUUUUGCAUAUAACUCUCCUAAACAAAAAGAUCUAGUGUUUUUAUAUAAUAUUUCUGAGCAAGCUGUAUCUGAUAUUUGGCAAGAUAAAAAUAAGCAGCUUCAACUUAAAUUGCAAUAUGCUUUCGCAAAACAAAUAGUAUUGACAGAUGAAAUUCUCAUAGAAAAGGCUAAAAAUAUUGCUUCUAGUAUUGAAGAAGAACAAUUCUAUGUGCACCAUCAGAAGCUAAGCUUAAUGCAGAAUGAUGAAGGUUACAUUCUAUUAUCACACAAUACUCAUUGGAUUAUGUAUGGAAUGCCAAUGAAACAGAAGUUUUUUGAAAACAAGAGCCAACAAGAACUCUUGCUACUAGUCCUCAACAAGGUUUCAAUCUGGACAAGAAUAUUAAAAGAUUGGAAUAAACAUCUUAGUAAAAGCAGCAAAAAUAUUCUUCUUAUCAUUGAUGGUGCACCAGUAUAUUGCCUGGAAGAAAAUGUUAAACUGAACCAUAUUUGCAUUGAAUUCUUGAUGCCUAAUGCUACUGCUCAUAUUCAACCUUGUGAUUAG